AUGACGCAAGACCGGGCCGGCACCCGCCGAGUUAAACCAACUGAGGAGGUGUGUUGAACAGCAGGGGCGUCAGCCCCUUGCCGGCUUCUGCUGACCAUGGCAGUGUUUCACGACGAGGUGGAGAUCGAGGACUUCCAAUAUGACGAAGACUCGGAGACAUAUUUCUACCCCUGCCCGUGUGGGGAUAACUUCUCCAUCACCAAGGAAGAUUUGGAGAACGGGGAAGACGUAGCGACGUGUCCUAGCUGCUCCCUCAUUAUAAAAGUGAUUUAUGACAAAGAUCAGUUUAUCUGUGGAGAAACAGUCCCAGCCCCUUCAGCCAACAAAGAGUUAGUUAAAUGCUGAGGAAGACUUCAGAAAUCCAAAUCGUGAGCAGCUGGGAAUGAACCAAGAUGGAAACGUCAAAUACAAAGUUUCUGGCUUCUUCACUGAGACAAGCAUUUUGUGGUUUGCUGUUCUGUUUGAGUGUGGAUUCUUCUUAUCAGCUGCUAAGUUCAUCUUCAAGAAGUGAGUCCACAACAUGACAUACUUGGAUUUUGUGCUUAGAACUUUGAAUUAGAAGCAUUCUCAAUUAUCCCAUCUGGAUUUAAAGGAAGAUAAUUUCAGAUCAGUGCUUUCUUUCCAUCAGUUUCAUCAUUUUUAUCUUGAGCCUAAUUAGUAUAACAUCAUCUACCUCAGUCAUUAGGAUUCCUUAAUAAAAAAGAGAUUUUUUUUU